AGGCUUGCCGGGUCUCACUUUUCGGUCCCUGCUGCCGGCUUUGGGCUGGGAACGGGGUCCGCGUCGCCUCGCUCGCACCUCCGAGGCCGCCUUCUGAGGCCUCGAUCUGAGCCCCAUCUGGCCCUCCUCCGCGCCCCCGCCCCAGUCCUCGCGCCCGGUAGCCGCCCCCCAGCCCAGUGGGUCCGUACCGCGGCCACAGGCCCCUUGAGCGUCUCCUCUCUCCACUUCCCUUCCCAGGCAAGUCCCCCAACGCCUCUAGCAGCCGCUCUUCCCUCUCUUGUCCGCGGAGGUAGUUGGUUACCAUGGUGAAGCUGGCGGCCAAAUGCAUCCUGGCAGACCCAGCAGUGGGCAAGACCGCCCUGGCACAGAGCUUCCGCAGCGACGGGGCCCAUUUCCAGAAGAACUACACCCUGACAACAGGGGUGGACUUGGUGGUGAAGACAGUGCCAGUCCCUGACACGGGGGACAGUGUGGAACUCUUCAUUUUUGACUCUGCCGGCAAGGAGCUGUUUUCCGAAAUGCUGGAUAAACUGUGGGAGAGUCCCAACGUCUUGUGUCUCGUCUAUGACGUGACCAACGAGCAGUCCUUCAUCAACUGCAGCAAAUGGCUGGAGAAGGCUCGGUCACAGAUUCCAGGCACCUCCCUCCCAGGUGUGUUAGUGGGGAACAAGACAGACCUGGCCAGCAGACGAGUGGUGGAUUCGGCUCAGGCCCGGGCGUGGGCCCUGGGCCAAGGCCUGGAAUGUUUCGAAACAUCCGUGAAGGAGACGGAGAACUACGAAGCCCCCUUCCACUGCCUGGCCAAGCAGUUCCACCACCUGUACCGGGAGAAGGUGGAGGUUUUCCACACUCUGGUGUGAGGGCCCCGGGGCGGGCAGUGCCUCACGACAGCUCGGCGCCUCUGGGGAUCCAGCAGGGACUCCGGCUCCUGGGGGAGGAGAGAAGCUGGACUUGCUUCAGCCACUUUUGAUAUAUCCUGACAGCUUUAAAUAAAGUGGGAAGAUGUA